UCGGUCGGAUAGACCGUCGACAUCGAUGGAAUCGAGAGGAAGCCGAUCUCCACGACGCACCGAUUAUAGACGGAGAUAUGAGUCACCAUCAGGAGGAGCUGGAGGAAUCCAGGUUACGGUUGCUGAACUUGGUAAAUUAGUGGCCGCAAUGAAGGACUUCUUUGACGAAGCCCGUUUGAAGAAGUUGGAGAAAGAACGUAAGAAGCAAGAAAGGAAGGAAGCGGAAGAGCGCGAAGCCAAAGCGAGGGAGCGUGCGGAACGCAAAGCAAGGAAGCAGACUGAGAAGCAUCGUAAGCAAAUGGAGCUCGAGGCGGAGAGACGCGCUGAAAUGAAGAAGGAUAACGACAUCCAGCUGGCUAUUCGCCUAAGUGAAUUGGAGGAUAGCGUUACUUGCAGGGUGGAGAGCGUGAUCGGACCUUUGAGGGAGUUGGUCAGACUCGGCAAGAAAAAGGUGGCAUAUGCUACCGACAGCGAAUCGUCGGACACUCAGGCGGGUGAAGGUAGUGAUACUAGCGUCACUCAGGAGCUGAGCGCUAGGACGGAGCRGCWAUGUAUCUCGGAGAAACGGAAGAGAGGUCRKGAUCCAGUGCUUGAAGGUAGCCCUCCUAUGGAGGGUCCUYCGAAGCGCACCCCUAAACGUGGGGUAUUGAAGYYGGCGUUGCUUUCAGCCAGACGGACAAGAUCCAAGGCUGUGGCGAAGAAUCCCGGAUGCGUGAAACGGGUAUCUCCGGUGAAGACACCGUUGAAGGCGAGGAAGGGACGCACACCAAGGAAGGGUACUCCUAUGAAGUCACCGGCUCUACAGUUCACUCCUGCUACUAAAGGCGCUCUACAACAACUUCGAUAUCGGAGCAGCGUUAUGGAAGAACUGAAGGACUGCGACGCAACCGAGCUGCAACGACUCUGCAAAGAGGAGGGAGUAACAUAUGAUGGGAAGGUGGGGGCGAUCUUCGCGAUUGCAGAUAGCCGCACUCGGCAGAGGUUUGGUCAGGAUACUGUCGAAGCUACCGAGGUCAUUGAAGUUGGUGACAGCGAAUCUGGGAAGGAGCAAGAAGCAGGGCGGGAACACUGAUAUGCCUGGGAGAUACCGAAGUUGUGGAAGCUGUGUAAACUGUUUACUGACCUAAGAAGUGAGUCGACUGGCGUGGAUGGGCGAAUCGAGGAGAUUUUGCGUCUGAUUGUUUUGCGGCUAACACUGGCAUGUGAGAUCAGGUGGAUGCAGAAGUGUAUACCUGCGUGGGAGAGACUGUAUGAUAUCCAUAGGAUUGAGUCCUUGCGGCUUACAAACG